AUGCAGAUGCUUGAGCCAGCUUGGAUGAAAGGCUCUUGUUUGAGUGACAUCAAGGCUGUGCUCAAACGAAUUUGCAUCAUCAUCAUCAUCACAGACAAUUUCAUCUACUACUGGCCUGCUACAGAGGCAGAGGUUGGUGUAGAAUGUAUCAAGCUCAAUGAUGCCAAGUCCUUGCUUCGUAGGUCUGGUGGGGUGAAGUACAUGGCCUAUAGGAAAGGAAACCGUGAUCUUUCUGAAAACCAUCACAAACAUCUUCAGUGGGAAGAAACCUGGAUGAGGAGCAUCAUGGACAACAAAGGUGAAAACAAACCGCCUAUGCCCACAGAAACUUCCAUCACUUCUCCUUUCUCAGGCCAGACCACAGUUUCUAUCCAAGUUCAUCUUGAGGAAUUUGGCCCCGCACCACCCAUCAAACGAGAAAACUCCUUCUCUCGCCAGCCUUUGCGUGAUGGCAUCCCUGGUGCUUGCACUGACUUGGACAUGUCCCCUCCCAAGAAGGCAAGAAAGGUCCCAGAAUCCUUGCCCGCUAUCAAGGAGGAAACUCACGCAACCACAACCAGACCAAUGAACUAUGGCCUCAUUGAUCUAGUGUCUGAAGAUGAGGAUGAACCUCCCACCAAUCCCCCCUUGGAGAUUGCAGGCCGAAUCCUUGGAGUCACUAGUCAAGAUGAACCUGAGGGAAACAAAGUUGUCACACAGUCCUUGCUGAAAAUCUUGCCCCAGUACCCCAACAUUGAUCUCCUUGUCAUGGACCGAGCCUGCCACUACAUGCCAUCGGCUGUCAAGACACCAGGACUGGAGCAGCUGAAGUACUUUAGUUUGGACACGUUCCACUCUUAUGGUCACACCAAGAAUUGCCCAUGCAACCCCCGAUCCAAGACCCGCCUCAAGAAACGCAUCAAGAACUUGAAGACUUCCAUAGCUGAGCAAACCUUUUCUUGGUUUAGAGGAUACAGCAAAGUCUUGAAUGACAUGCGUCCCCUUCGGCAUCGAUUUGCAGUACUCUUGUUCUGCAAACAGCACAAUGAUUUGGUAGCUUGCGGUGACACGUACCACCUCAACCAGUACAAGGUCUACAAGGGCAAAGGAGCAACCAAACCGUAUGCUUGCAACAGAGUGAAGGGCAAGAAAACUAUGAAACCAGGAUCAAUGAAGGUCAUGAAAGCGAUGAAGGUUAUGAAGUCCAUGAAGGUGAUGAAAGUGAUGAAGUCCAUGAAGUGA